AUGAGAUUAAGCAGUAGAGGAAGUGGGAAUAGCACAACUACGUUGAGCAGCAGUGGGCUUGCCACCGGGAGUAGCGGCGUGUCUUCCACUUCUUCAGUCACGACCGUAGACGGUGCCCCAUCUGCGGAACUAUAUCGUAGCAAGGCUGAACGCGAUAGGGAACUCAUACAAGCGCCUCUGCAGGACUCUGACCUGAAGAACAUUGCUGAGCUAGGUAUGGGUAAUGGAGGCAGCGUAAUGAAGGUUGAACAUGUGCCGAGUGGAGUCGUUAUGGCAAAGAAGAUCGUUCUCAUCGACGCAAAGCCUAGUGUCCGAAAACAAAUUCUUCGCGAACUGCACAUCAUGCACCGGUGUAGCUCGCCGUUCAUUGUCUCAUUCUUUGGUGCAUAUCUGUCUGAGCCUAACAUCUGCAUUUGUAUGGAGUACAUGGACAAGGGAUCCUUCGACUCCAUCUACAAGACCAUUGGCUCCAAAGGAAGACCAAACGAAGCAAUAACAGGACCAAUCCCCAUAGGAAUCGUCAGACAGCUUGCGAAACGGGUUUUAGGUGGUUUGGUCUACUUGAAGGACGAAAUGGAGGUGUUACAUCGGGAUAUUAAACCUAGUAAUAUUUUGUUGAACUCAGAAGGCGAAGUAAAGCUUUGUGAUUUCGGUGUCAGCGGCGAGUUGGAAAAUAAUGUAGCGAAGACUUUCGUUGGAACUAGUGUGUAUAUGAGUCCUGAACGUAUCCAAGGUUCCGACUAUUCCGUCAAAUCCGAUGUAUGGAGUCUGGGAAUAACGCUCAUUGAACUUGCGCACGGAUGUUUCCCGUUUGCGGAUAGUGAGGUCGAGGAGGAUACUCCAAUAGACUUAACCGCCCUCACCCCCAUCUCCUCACUCCCAUCCUCCCUACCAAGCGCUCAGAGACACUCUCGGCGUAAAUCUCGUGGCGUCUCACUCCAAGGCGGAGUCGGUACUCUGUCUAUACUCGAGUUAAUGCACCACAUCGUGCGUGAGCCUCCGCCAACGCUCAUCACCCCUUCGGUACCUCACUCACUAGAAUUCACGGAAGAAGCAGCGCAAUUUGUUGUUCAUUGCCUGAAGAAGGACCCUGGAGAGCGGAUGAACCCUAGGGAUCUAUUAGAAAUGGGUUGGAUGGAUGAUACUGGGAGAGGAGAGGAGAUGACUCUAAGGAUGUGGGCGGGGACACUGUAG